AUGACAAGAUUUGACACAUCUAGAGAUCAUUCUCAGUCCUCACAACACCAUGGCUCUCAGUUCAGAGUCCAGCUCAGUAGCCCGUUCCCGCCGGAGCCCGAGACCUUUCACAAGCGACAUGGCACCGACAGACAUAGUUACCACGAGAAGCAACAGCCUGGUGCUACGGAACGCGACGAAUGUCAGCGGCUGGUCCCGAAAAGACGACUGGAACAGGAGUAUCCCAAAGGGGAAAGACAAAUCCUCAAAGUGAGCGGCGUGCUGGAGGUUUCCCUCAUCGGCGUUGAGCCAUUCCAUAACGGCCAUUACAUAACGCAGAGUAGAAAUAACUUCCCCAUGGCUGCAAGACCGGGCAUCUGCGCACUUCAGCCUGGCAAGGAACGAGGCUUACUGGGUUACUGA